AAUAAAUAUAAAGGACUGUCCCCAUGUCAAUUGAAGAGUAGUAGCAACUUGGAGAACGACAUCGCACUCUCUAGGACACCAUGAGAUCCGACUUUUCUCUCUUUGCCACGGCAUUGCUUGCUGUCGGCGCGGCUCAGGCUGCUGCCACUCCCAAGUGCAAUGCAGACAACUGUCUCCGAGCAUUGAGCGCUACCCAGAUUCCGGGCCGUAUUGAGUCAGCCAAGGCCUUCUGUGCCUCCUACACGGCACCUGGAGCAGCCAGUGUCACUAUUCCUGCAUACGCUGCUGACGGAUGCAAGAACGGCGAUACCAAGGCUCGCAUCUCCAGUGCCUGUGCCUGUGUUGCGCCUGUCACUGCUAGCGCCUCGUCUGAGCCUACAGCAACUCCAACACCGACAUCAUCAUCGGUUGGAAGUGACUCUGGUGGAAACCCUACUGCAAAGGAUUCCUCCAGCUCUUCCUCCACCCCGGCGCCCAGCAGCACCGUGCACCCCUGUGCCGAGAUUCGUUCUUCGUCUUCUAAGCAGGUCUCAGCCAAUCCCACCGCCAUUCCUGUUGUUGCGGCGUCUCUAGCUAAGCGCUGCCUGGAUACAGUACCUGUGAACAAGACACAGGCGUUGGGCCUCUUGGACGAUCUCGUCCCGUACCUUGAAUGGCAGAGUGACACGGCAUAUCUCAAGAACCCGCCGUCCAACUACUACUCCGCCGGCUACGACUUCAUGGCCAACCUGCAGAGCGUGCGAGACCGCGUCAACAGCGGCGACAUCACGGGCCAGUAUGAGUUUGAAAAGACGCUGCAGGAAUCCGUCUUCUUCCCGGCCCGCGACGGCCACUUUUGGUUCAUGUCCGACUUUACCGAUGCCUUCUUCUUCACUUACCCCCGCGGUGUUGUUUCCUACAGUGUAGAUGGCACCUCGGUACCAAGCCUCAAGCUUUACGAGGACGUCAUGAGCAGCCCUGACACAGCGUCCACUCUGACCACCAUCAACGGCGUCGAUGCCGCGCAGUUCGUCACCUCUCUCGCCGACAAGAACUGCUACGACCACGAUGUCGACACCGGCUUCAACACCAUGGCCUUUACCCCCACCAACCCCAGGCGCAAGGGAGACUUUGGCUCCGGUGGUCGCUACAGUGUAUUCUACCAGGGCGCCAACACCACCUACGCCUUUGCAAAUGGCACCGUAGCCACUUACCAAAACACUGCCCGCAUCUACGGCAACUUGACGGGUGUCGUCGACGGCAAAUCCUUCCGCAAGGCCUUUUGCGAGCCUGCUUCUGCUUCUGCUGGCGUCCCUGUCUCGCCCGUCGACAAGGCCGACACCUUUGACGUUUCUGCUCUCCCUCCUCCUGUCAUUGGCACCACGGAUGGUAUUGUCGGCGGCUACUACCCUCCCGGCGCUGAUGUUGCCGAUGUUGCUAUCCUUGCUGUCCGCAGUUUCCACCCUGAUGUGUCGACUGCGCAGUUCCAGGCUGCCAUUACCGACUUCAUCAACCGGGCCAAGAGCGAUGGUAAGACUAAGAUGGUGAUUGAUCUUCAGGGCAACGGUGGCGGCCUCAUCUUGUUGGGUUACGAGCUGUUCCAUCAGUUCUUCCCGCACCUGCAGGAAGACGGCUUCUCGCGCUGGAAGGCUGGCAAUGCGUUCCAGGAGAUUGCUACCGUCUACAGUGACUAUGCAGCCGACGUGAACCCAGCCACGUCCUCCAGUGUCGCCAAGGUCCGCGCGUACCAGUCCUUCCUUAACUGGCGCUUCGAUCUCAACAUGACGCACCAGAGCUUCCCGAGCUACAAUGAAAAGUUCCUCCCGCAUGUGUACAAAGAUACCCCGUACACCAACCUCAUGGCGUGGAACAUCUCCGACCCCAUCCUCACCAAGAACUCGUCGUUUGGUAUGGGUAUCGAUAUUACCGGCUACAACAGCCGUAAGGACUUUGUCCAGCCCUUUGCCGCGGAGAACAUUGUCCUCCUCUACGAUGGUGACUGCUCAUCUACUUGCACUAUUACUUCGGAGAUGUUUCGUCUGCAGGCUGGCGUGAAGAGUGUUGUGCUUGGUGGCCGUCCCCAGGAAGGUCCUAUGCAGGGUAUCGGCGGUAUCAAGGGCUCUCAGGUGCUCGGCACGAACAACAUCUUGACCUAUGCUAGACGUGCUGCUAGCUACACUACUGACACUGGUGUCAAGGCGUCAUUGGCUCGCUAUGCAGAUCUUACGGGCAAGUACCGUGUUAGUGCGUCGGUGAACACGCGUGAUCAGAUCUUGCGCGACAACAUCAACGAUGGCACGCCCGCACAGUAUGUCACGGAGAAUGCUGACUGCAGACUCUACUGGACGCUGCCCAUGAUCAAGGACGUUCGUGAGGCGUGGGCUGCUACGGCUCGCUCUGCCUUUGGUGGCCAGAAGUGCAACUGGGGUGGCAUCGAGGCGCCCAGCGGUGAUGCCGCCUUGGGAUUGACGCCUAGACCUGGUCCUCCUCCUCCUCCCACGCUGGAUACCGUCGAGGCCAAGCCUGAUCCUGUUACAAGGGAUCCCGAGUGGCUCGCCGAGUACAACGUCAAGGCCAGAUCAUAGAUGAGGGAAUUUCCUGUACAUAUAUUGUAGAUUGGUUCAAUGUAAAUGUUUUCUUUACAAUACAACUUGAAUGCAAAAUGCGCUACAAACUUGUU